UUUUUCAAAGUCAAUGUGUUUAAAAGAGUUAAAAAAUAACACUUUGUGAUUUUGUGUUCCUAAAACAUUUGCAACAUUUAACUAAUUAUUGUAGAACGAAAAAACGGUACUAUAUAUGGUUACUAUGCUGCUUGUAAAAAUAUGAUCUCAAGCAUUUAAACGAACGUAUAAGCAAGUUUUGUUGUGUCUGUGUAAUGACAUUGUGUAAUCAGGAAUACCAUAUUACUAUUAAAAUGAAAACAAUAUUUUAAAGCAAACCAUUGCACAAUUGAGUGCUCAUAACAUGAAAAUAUUUAUAAAUCACUAGGCAAAGUCAAUGUGUUAUAAAAACAUAUCUAUACUUGACUUUAAGCCUGUGAAGUUUUCAUGCUGUGUGUACUAUUGUAAUAUUAUUCAAAGAUAACCAUGGAUGGGAAAGUAAAGUGACUAAAAGGACUAAAUAAGUGGAGGACAUGUGAAAAUGCAUAUUUUCAUAAUGAACAACAUGAAAUGUUCAACAUAAUAUGUAAUGUUGGAACUGAUGACAAAAUGCUGGGUGGAAAUAUGCAGGCACAUUAACAAUUGAAAUAACUUCAAAGUGAGAAAUAAAGUUAAUUAAUAAUGGCUGACAGGCAUAGUAAAUAUCAUUCCACGAGAUAUUCUAAGAGCAGUAAGAGAAGAAGAAGCAAAGAUGAUACUAAAUGUCACCCAUAUGAAAGUAAAACACCACCACUUCCCCACAGGCGUACUAGCAUACAAGAACUGAUGAAAGAACGAGAAACAAUUAGAAAAGAACUCAAACAUAUAGCAAAACUUAAAAAUGAAACUCAAAAGGAAAUCAAAGACAACUAUAAAAAACGAAAGUGCGAAAACUUUAAUGAUAAAAGUGCCAAUGAAAAACAUCACAGGGAUUAUGUAAAAAGCAAAAAACCUAAAAAUGAGGUAACGGUAAAGAAUACAUCGCCUGAAAAUAGUCAAGAUUAUGCACAGUUAGAUUCUGAGGAUGAAGAGUAUAUAAUUGAGCAGAGAAGACAACAAAGGAAGCAAUUAUUACAGCAAUUACACACAUCAGUGGGAAAAACAGAUGACACAUCAUUCGAGGAAGAUACUAACAAUGAAUUUAAAGACCUCAGUAUAAAUAAAAGCCAAAAGAGUCUUAUAAUAAACCAAACAAAAUCGGCAAAAGAUGUAACAGACAUGUUUUCAGAAGAGGACUUUGUUCCAAAAAAUGAUACGGAUAAUGUUACACAGGACAAUAGAAAAGAAAGUUCACAGUUAAAUGAUAAUUGGGAUGAUGUAGAAGGUUAUUACAAUAUCAAAGUCGGUGAUGUCAUAAACAACAAUCAAUACACAAUAAAGGCAUUGCUUGGACAAGGAGUUUUUGCGAAUGUUGUUAAAGCACAAGAUAUUAAUAGCAAUAGCGAGGUUGCAAUAAAAAUUGUCAGAAACAAUGAUCUGAUGUACAAGACUGGUUUAAAAGAAGUGGAGAUAUUAAAGGAAAUAAAUGAAGCUGAUCCUGAUAGUAAAUACCAUUGUGUGAAAUUUUAUUGUAAUUUCAUGCAUAAAGGACAUCUUUGUCUAGUACUUGAACCUCUUCAUAUGGAUCUGAGGAACAUUCUAAAGAAAUAUGGCCGACACCAUGGAAUCAAUAUCAAGGCAUUGAUGAGUUACAGCAGACAGUUGCUUCUAUCUUUGAGACUCCUAAAAAAGAUUGGUAUUAUACAUGCUGAUAUCAAACCUGAUAACAUUUUAGUUAAUGAAAAGAAAAAUAUUUUAAAAUUGUGUGAUUUUGGGUCUGCUACAAAAAUAAACGACAAUGAACCUACUCCUUAUUUGGUCUCAAGGUUUUACAGAGCACCUGAAAUUAUAUUGGGUAUACCUUACAAGCAUGGUGUGGAUGUGUGGUCUACAGCAUGUACCAUAUAUGAAAUGUCCACUGGAAAAAUCCUGUUUACUGGGAACUCCAAUAACAAAAUGUUAAAAUGUUUCAUGGACUUAAAGGGCAAAAUACCAAGUAGAGUUGUAAGGAAAGGAAAAUUCAAGGAUCAACAUUUUAAUUACAACAAUAAUUUUCUUUCACACAAAAAGGAUGAAUUCACAGGAAGAGAAAAAGUUGUGGAAAUCACUAACAUUGCAGCUUCAAGAGAUUUGUAUAAAGAAUUAAAGAAAAGUUCUUUAAAUCCACCAACAUGUGAAGAAAAAAAGAUAAUACAAUUAAAAGACUUACUUGAAAAAAUGUUAAUAUUGGAUUCCAAUCAAAGACUUUCAGUAAUGGAUUGUUUAAAACAUCCAUUUAUACAAGAAGAAUUACAAAAAUGAUUGCUCAAAAUAAAACUUUAAUUAAAUUA